GUGUGUGUGUGUGUGUGUGUGUGUGUGUGUGUGAGCGUGUCUCUCCUCUUUAAGAGGACGCUUUCCCAUCGGCCUCACAUCGCUCUCACUUGAAUCGGCUGCUGACAAGGACGUGGUCUCUCUGCUCCUGCCCCGCACGCUGAGGUUGGAAGGGCUACUGGUCAAAAUCCUGCUCCAGCUAUGGCUCGUCUAGAUAAUGUCAUUACGAAUAUUGUGGAAGUAUUCCUGGAGUAUGCUGAUGAUGAAGGCAAGAAGCACCAGUUGAACAAGGAAGAGCUGAAGAGGGUGUUGGAGAGAGAAAUACAAAGCCCAGAGUUAAAGGGUCACAUUAAUGCCGAUGACAUUGAGGAGGCCAUGGAGAUGUUGGAUAAAAACCAUGACGGGGAAGUCAACUUCAGAGAGUUUUGCCGAUGCGUGUGCGACCUGGCAAAAUGUUAUUACAACAAGAAGACGGGCAAAGGGGCCAAGAAAUGCAAGGGCAAAGAGCCCGAAGGUGGACAGGAAGACUGAGAACAUUGGCUCCAUGAAAUAUGAAUGUUCAGAAGCAAUGCAAUGAAUCUAACGUUGCUGUUUGUGAUGUUGUUGACCGUUCUGGAGUUAGGAAAACUGCUUCUUUGCUUUGAGCUCAAACCUCUUUAAAGUGUGAAAAAGGUCAAAGUCAAUAAAAGCUACAAUGUUUAAUUUG